AUGGGGCUUGGAAAGCUGAAGGAGAAACUGCGUAUUGGUAUCUCCAAACGCAAAGACAAUCAGGGAGGGACCUCCAUUGCCCAACCUGUGCAGGAGGAUUCGGGAUCUGAGACCAACACAUCGUCUAUCAAGAAACCCAACCACAACGAUUUAGUUGUUGAAUCGGAGGGGUCGUCAAGACAAUCCAAACCUAUCUCUAUGAAUCAUAUUGACAAAUCAAAUUUGCCAGAGAAGUCGUUGCCGAAUCUCAAUGAAAAUGUCGAGUCAAUCAGAGAGUUAUGGAGCCUAGCAUACGAGAGGUUACGGAGGGAGGAUCCCCAACUCAUAAAUGACUACGAAAAUAAGGCACGAGAGAGCCUGACCGCUGGUCUUGGCUAUACGAUUGGCUCAAAAACCAGCAUAAGAGAGCGAAUGGACGCAAUUCUCCGCAGCAAGAUGGACGAGAACAACAGAGACGCGUGGAAAAUUAAAUUUGGCGGUUCCGAAGUCCAAGUGAAAAAUUUAGUACAGCCUGUCCUGGGCGUCGUGAACUGGGCCAAUGAAUACAUCACUGGCGCUCUGAAGCCAAAUCCGUACGCUUCGAUAGCGUGGGUAGGUGUUAGUCUGAUACUACCGCUCUUCAUGCAUCCCUCCGAGCAAGGAACAUCACUAGCGAAGGGCUUGGAAUAUAUAUCUUCCCUAAUCGUCCAGAGUCGUAUGCGAGAGGAUCUCUACGUCCGGCGCUACGAGGCCACAACUCAUGGCCGGGAAUUGCCUCAAUUAUCCCACGUCGUGUAUAAAGACAGCUUGGAGAUGCUAUAUCGAUCUAUCCUGAGGUUUCAGGCCACGAGCUACUGUUAUUAUGCCCAUAAUGCAGCUUUCCGUUUAGGGCUGGAUAUUGUCAAGUGGGAUGACUGGAGCCUGUUGCUGGGCCAGAUUCAAGAGCAGGAACGCCAAUUCGCCGCUGUUGAAAAUCUUUGGCGGGAUAUGAAGUACGACGAAGAAUCCUCAGCCGCUGAGAGACGACACCAGGAGACUUUACAUCACUGGGGCAAGAUUGGCACAGACCUCUCAAGUCUGCGCAGCGCAGUUGAGCGUGCUCAGGAUGAGAGCAGUCGGCGACAUGUGCUAAGAUGGCUCUGCGACGUCGAUCCUUCUGAAAUGUAUAAUGCCGCUCGCGAUAAACAUAAAGCUGGCACUGGUGACUGGUUAACGAAGGAGAGCGAAGAAUUCAAGGCUUGGGAGGCAUCUCCAGCUUCUCUUCUGUGGCUUCACGGAAAGGCCGGUUCUGGAAAGUCUGUCUUGAGCUCGGUGGUUAUCAAACACCUACAAGAUCAAAACGCGACCGAUCCCUCGACUGCACUCGCAUACUUUUUCUUCAGCUUCAGCGACCUGGAGAAGCAGAAAGUAAACAAUAUGCUUUCAUCGCUAGUCAAACAACUCUGUUCUCGACGCCCCGAUACCCCUCCGCCAAUUCAAAGCCUCAACGAAUACAUGGAGAAGGGUCAGCGCCCAGAUACGCAGACGCUUGAAGCCAUGCUGACAGCGGUCGCAAGAGGAUUCUCAGCUGUUCACAUUGUCAUUGACGCCUUAGAUGAGUGCCCGACUCUUCAGGGGGAACGGAAGAAACUCCUUAGCAGCUUGCGUCGUAUCAUUACUGCUGCGCCUGCAAAUUUCCACGUCCUAUGCACGAGCCGGAAAGAGGCCGAUAUCGAUGCAAUAAUGAGCUUUCUUUUGUCCCCAUCUUCAAAUACAGCCGCAAUCGAUCUGACUAUUCGUCGAGAUGUCCUAGACCGCGAUAUCGGCAUGUUCAUCGAUUUGACUCUGGCCUCUGAAGAGUACAGUUCAUGGCCAGAAGUCAUCAAAAAGGAAGCAAGGGACUCGCUGAUCGAGAAAGCGGAUGGCAUGUUCCAAUACGUCUUCUUUCAGCUUGAGGCCCUCCAGCAACUCUCGUCCGCUUCUCUCGUCCGCAAGGCGCUCCAAGAACUCCCUACUGGCCUUGAUGCGACGUACGAUAGGCUGCUCUUGAGCCUAGACCUCGCAUUCCAGUCCCAGAUAAUAAGCUGCUUGAAGUGGCUCGCCUUCUCCAACGAAGUACUCCUGCUGGAGCAACUCGCUGAGAUAUUCAUCCUUUACCCCAACCGCACCCUUCCUUUCGAUGAAGAAGGGCGGCUUUUCCAUUCCGCAGACGUUCUCAAGUACUUAUCUAGUCUGAUCGUUGUUCAAGAGAACUGGGAACAAGACUCGGGCACAUCUGCUGGUUCUUCUGAUGGGUGCUUUGUUGCGUACGUUCGACUGGCUCACUUCUCGGUAAAGGAGUACCUCGUCUCGAAUCGCAUCGCCGAAGGCUCCGCCAAAGUCUUUUCGUUUGGCGAAGCCGACGCUCAUCUGCAUAUCGCGCACUGCUGCCUGGCUUACCAUCUGCAGCACACCGCCACGACCGAAUAUAACCGCUGGGAACUGAAGUUGAUGAGCUACGCAGCCGCCAACUGGCCACUGCACCUCGAGAUGGUGCCACGCGCAUCUUGGCCGGCUGAGGUAACACAAGUCGCGACGCGAGCCCUCGCAGCCCGCAGUGCAAGCUUAGACCUCAUGAUUGAAGAGAACAAGUGGGUGCAUUACUACGCCAAACAUUCAUCCCCCACCAUGCGGCUACGACCGCAGUGCUAUACAGCGCAGCGUGGCUUCCUUCAGCUUACUGAGAUGAUAUUCUCUCACAUGAAUAUAUAUUCGACACAAGAAGAUUUAAACGUGGCUCUCCAUGAUGCGGCCUACGGAGGGAGCAUAGCGGUCGUCCAAUUCUGUCUUGGUAAGGGCGCCGAGGUCAAUUCGGAGCGUGAGUUCUUCGGAGAUGCUCUACAGGCGGCAGCCUAUAUGGGACAUGACACAAUCGUGAAUAUCUUGCUGGACAAGGGCGCCGACAUCAAUGCGCAGCGUGGCAAUUGGGGCUCGGCUCUCCAAGCUGCCGCGGAUGGGGCACGGCCUCAUGUCCUGAAGCUUCUUGUUAGCCGUGGGGCCGAUAUUGACCUCCCUUCGAACGAGUCUGGUUGCGUUCUUACAUCCGCCAUGCGGUUUGGCUCACAUUUAUAUUGGGAUUGCUUUCUGUACCUUGUUGAUGCCGGCGCCAACCUGAAUAGGCGAGGCGGCGAUAUCUACGGAACAGCGCUCCAUAAGGCAGCAGCAGAUCAACACUUGAGUACACACUUCCAUUUACUACUAGAGCGAGGGGCGGAUGUUAAUGCACCAGGUGGUGAAUAUGGCUAUCCGCUUCAGGCAGCGUGUGCACAGUCUGACCGUAGUCAGACGGUCACAACGUCCGAGAUUUACCAAGCGGUCAAGCUAUUACUAGACAGAGGCGCUGAUGUGAAUGCAAAAGGCGGCAAGUACGGCAAUGCGCUACAGGCAGCGUGCGCGGCACGAACAAAGGAUUACGCUUUGAUCACGCUCUUGUUGGACAGAGGCGCUGAUGUGAAUGCGAAAGGCGGCAAAUAUGGCAACGCACUACAGGCAGUUUGCGCGGGAUCCUAUUAUUCCUAUCCACUAACGAGUGUGAAGCUUUUAAUUCGCAGAGGCGCUGAUAUCAAUGCGGAAGGGGGUCAUUACGGAACAGCUUUGCAAGCAGCAUGCGGAAAUAGUGGCAAAGACGUGGUGCAAAUUCUAUUAGAGAAGGGCGCUGAUGUGACUAUUCAAGGAGGAGAAUAUGGGAGCGCCUUGGCUGCAGCGUCAGGCGCUUGGUCGAGCGCGGAAACAGUUCAACUGCUGUUGGAUCACGGCGCCGACAUCAACGCCACCGCCACCGGAGGUGAAAUCGGAAACGCGAUAAACGCUGUGAUACACUCCCGGAACACCAAACUUCUAGGCCUGCUGUUAGAUGGCGGCGCCGAUAUAGACGCACAAGGAGGAAUCUACGGCACGGCACUGCAACGGGCUUGCGCUGAAGGCUCGCUCGAGAUGGUACGCUUGUUGCUUACUCGGGGAGCCAACGUCAACGCCCAAGGAGGGAAGUACGGAACCGCGCUCCAAGCAGUUUGCGCCCAUGCUUUUGAGUACAAUUCACCCACCAUCACUAUAUUCAACCUCCUGCUCGAAUAUGGAGCCGACGUCCAUACGCAAGGUGGCUCUUUCGGCAGCACCUGGCACGCGGCGGCGGCGCAGACAGAGAGCGAUAUUCUCAGCGCGCUGCAGCAGUUGCUGGACCGUGGCGUUGAUGUCAACGACUCGCGUGGAACGCAGCAUCCCACAGCCCUGCAGGCUGCCUUGGCCUUUGAAACUAGAAGCAACCACUAUGCCGCAGUCGAUCGGAUCCGCUUCCUGCUCGAUCGCGGCGCUGACGCCAGCCUCGCAGCCGGUAUAUAUGGCUUCCCGCUGCAGUCGGCGUGCGCGAUCGAGUUUGGCGGAUACGUGGCUGCCUUUCUCCUGGACAACUGUAGCGGCCUCGACGUCAAUAGGCAAGGCGGAUUAUUCGGAUCAGCUCUGCAGGCAGCAGCGUGGGCGGGACAAACGGGUUCAGUGAAGAUACUGCUAAGCAAGGGAGCCGAUGUCAAUGCACGCGGCGGUAAAUAUGGCAGUGCGUUGAAUGCGGCAGUUGUUAAGGGUUAUUGGGAUAUUGUUGAGGAUGCUGAUGAAGCUUGGCUUUCGCUUAUUCGGGAGGAAAGUGGUCAAGGGGCGAUAGAAAGCAUGACACCAGCCCCAGGCAAACCCAUCGAGCGGACAGAAACGGCUGACGAAUAUGGUCGUCGCGAGAACUGCUUCAAAAACCAUAGGCGACACCCAUUUACGUUUCAAUCCCAUGUGACAGACAUACAGAGCGCAAGAGAGACUGCCGAAAAGGAUGGAUUUGUAUCCCAGCCGGGAUUGAAAAUGGUUCCUCUCCCAAACCCACAACUCACAGGAGAUGUCUUUGACCAGCAUCAACAUCACCGGGAGAAUCUCGAGAAGCUUCUCCACGAUUCUCCAUCAAAAAUUUCCCUAUCGGCUUCCAACAGUCUUACGAAAGAGCUUUUGUUUCCGGUAGGAGAGCUGGACUUGGGAUCUUGUCAUGAGAGUGAUCUCCAAGAGUACCUAGACCAGGUUCAUACCAAGAGAUACAGUGAUCCUUUCAAGCAAUGGAUCCCCUUCGCUUGCACAAGACCAGAUAAAGAUGAAAGUAUAAGUUUUCCGCCUGGUCUUACCUGGUUAUGGGAACUUCUACAUCGUGAACUUGACAAAGAUGCACCUGACUUAUCAGAGGCCGCCGCGAAUCUUGUGAGUGAACAAAGCAAAUCGCUGAUAGCUUCCGAACAUGAGAUUUUGCUUCUACAACAAACACCAAUCAAGCCAUAUCAAUACAGCUGCCUAGACCCUAUUUCGCCCCCCUUAUCUCCAGUAUCAGACGACACUGCACCGUUUAUCCCUAAUAGUGGUGCGGCAGUGGUAGAUCUUGUAUCAGAACCAAGUAGCCCUGACCGGAUCGUUCUCGAGGCCAUUCAGCGGGACAUGGACUCAGAUCCUAUUAUUUCGUCCACUUUCAUGACAUCACCAAUCGCUGGAGAGUUACCACAACUCUUCCAAACAUGUUACCCCCUGUUUCGAGAAGCCGAAGUCGAAGCUCCUGUCGUCCUUACUAGCUCAGAUACCCUAAGCGAAACCAACGCACUCACUGAUAUCCACCUGCCUCUGAUCGGUGAUGACGACGAGAGUGUCUCCAAGUCACUCGAGGAAACAGGGAAUUUUGAAGAUGCUUUCAUGACACUGCUUGAGGACCGGCAUUAUUACGCCAACCAAUUGGUGAAUCAAGAGAGUUUUUAUCCAGCUGACUCCCUGUGUCGUGCUACUGUCCCUCUGCUUGAUUUCGACAUCCCACCUCCUGAAUGGUCCCUUAGGCACUUUACCGCGAAGACUCAUUUUGCAUUCUUGAGGAAAAGUAUACCUCACUGUUUCAAUAUUUUGUCAAUUCCGCGGGACCCAUCUUCAGAAUCUUCUCUUAGGUGGGCAGUUUUCCCCUUGGACAAAAUGCAGCCAAUAAUGGUGGACGAAAUCGCGGUGGCAGAUGAUAUAAUUGCAAAAUAUCUUUCUCUUGACUCUACCUCUCUUUUAAGCAGUCUCGAUUUCGUUUCGAUAAAGCCAAGUUUGGAUGUCUUAUGUAUUCAACAAGACGAAGAAGUCGAAUCGGUAUACUCAUUGAACGACGAACCUGACGAAGCGCCCCCUGCUAGCACCCAGCAUCAUGAGAACCCAAAUUGGAUGAACUUGGAGCAAGGAAACAAAACAUGCAUCUCAGAGGAUUCUCACAAAGUUAAUCGCCCGACUCGUAGGAAACUCGACGACGAUGGCCCAAGACUAUUACCAAAGUCUUACGACACGAGUGCCACGAGCAUCCUCCUCCACAACUUUAUGGAACUAAGGGGCAUGAAAAGACCGCGCUUGGGUACGGAACCCGCUGCAAUGAGUCAAUAUACAGUUGCAGGUACUUUGCCGUCUAUACCUCGCAGCGAAAUAUCUGCAACCAACGAUCGUGACACAGUCCCUCUCCAGAUGGCUGAAGAGAUGCCUCCCGUGCCAAUUCCUUACAUUGAGAUACCAUCCGAAAAGGCGUCUUUCAUCAUUUCUGUUGAUCUUGCUAGGCCUAUAUUGAGAAAAUUAGAGAACAUGUGGGCUCCGGAGAAGUUAAUCGACGUGGAUUUUUCCCGCCACAACACCACCGUCUUGCUACCAGGGGUUACUCAGUCCAAAGAGGUUGUCUCGCCUUUAAGUUUCGAAGCUGAUAUAUCCCUUUCGCCUAGUACAGGAAUCAUCAUCACGAAUAUUCUCAAGGUCAAGCAGCGUUCCCUUCCAGGCUCUCAGUCCCAAACUCCACUACGGGAGCGCGUACAGAAAGUGAGCCAGAGAUAUGAAACUCUUAUUGUUCUAGUAUCAGAGUCGCAGCCCAAGGGAGAGUAUAUGGGAACAAUGGCUCCAUCAGAUACAGCCGCAUAUGCUGAGUUUUCGAGCUUUGCAGUUGCACUAGAUGGGGAUGUCGAUGUACACUUUAUCCCAGGAGCAACAGAGACAAUGGCUUCGUGGGUUCUGGCUUUUAUGUGUCGAUAUUCCCCAAGAUCCGCAGCGCUAUCAAGGUUUUUGUCUUCUGAAGAAACUCCGUGGGAGAUAUUCCUCAGGAGAGCGGGCAUGAAUAUUAUCGCUGCCAAGGUACUUUCCAAAACGCUUUUCGAACAGGGCGGAGUGUCGGGAUUGGCCGUAUUUCUCAACAUGCCGGUGCCAGAACGAGUUGCCAGAUUUGGACCAUUGGUCGGCGGAGAAAAGGGGUUGCUCCUGACAGCAAAAGUAAUAGAUCGAAGAUGGGGGGACUAG